AUGGACUCGACUCAACCACCCGCAAACCCUGCAAGCCCUGCAGGCCCCGCUAAGCCUGCCGAGGGCCAUAGCAAGAAACGCAAGCAUAGUGGUGAUUCUGCGAAGCCCAGUAAGCCACGAGAGAACACCGCUGUCUACGUCACGAAUCUCCCCCUUGAUGCCACCAAGGACGAAAUCUGCGAAGUCUUCCGCAAAUAUGGCAUUAUCGCGGAAGAACUGGAAACCGGUGCCCCCCGAAUCAAGAUGUACGAAGAUGAUGCUGGAAAUUUCAAAGGUGAAGCGCUCGUGGUCUACUUUCGACCGGAGUCAGUUUCUUUGGCCUGUCAAAUGCUCCACGAGACCGAGUUUCGGUUCGGCGGUCCCGGUUCUGCGCAGAUGAUGAACGUGCAACCUGCCGAUUACUCGUAUAAGCGCCAGAAAGACGCGCCAACCGAGACGAGCAAGAAAGACAAGCAGAAGAGAGCGGAGCAUGCUCAGAGAAUGAUGAGCAAAUUGAAUGAUUGGAGUGAUGAUGAGCCCGAGCCAACUGUUCCCAAACCCACGCGCCCCGGGAAAGUUGUCAUCCUGAAGCACAUGUUCACUUUGGAUGAGCUGAAGGAUGAUCCCGCCGCUAUCCUCGAUAUCACAGAAGAUAUUCAGGAGGAGUGCAGCAAGCUCGGCGAGGUGACAAACGUUACACUUUAUGACAAAGAGGCCGACGGUGUAGUGAGCGUUCGGUUCGCAGAUGGGGAGUCUGCCCAAGAGUGUGUGAAGCUAAUGGACGGCCGGUGGUUUGGUGGCACCCGCGUCCAGGCGUACAUCAAGACUGGUCGAGAGAAAUUCCGUCAGUCUGGUGACCGCCGCGAUAAGGAUGAAAUGAUUGCGAAGUACGGCGUGGAGGGUGCUGACGAAACUGAGGCCAGUCGCAUGGACCGGUUUGGCGACUGGCUGGAGGGGGAGGACAAGGGGUCCGAGACCGAGGGUGCUGGGGUUGAGGAUGGUGAAGACAAUUGA